AAUAACACUAUGCCACCAAAGAAGAAGCCGGGUACGGCAGGCGUCAAGAAAAAGACCAAGGAAAAAGGGUCUUCCGACAAGCAACAAGAAUCCUUCGAUGUGACAGAAAAGCUUGUAAAAGCCAAUGUGGAAAUCGAUGCCCUCGUUCGAGAGCUUGCCCUCCAGACAGACCUGAACAGUCGAUUGAAGAUGCAGAUGGACCAACAAAAAGCACGAAUAGCACAUUUGGAGGACCAGCUUGAGAAAAAGUCAAAGGAUCGUUUGGACUUGACGUCAGAUAUGGGCCGGCAGUACAAAUCCAUGCAGGCGGAAAUGUCUUCCCGAAUUGUCACGUUGGAGAGUCAGGUUGCAGACUUGAAUACAAAACUGACUGCUGCUCAGACGGCAUUGCAAGAUGCCGCUCGCGAUCACGAACGCGUUCUAGCCGCAAAAGAAACGGCCAUCGAAGACCAACAAGUCAAGAUGUCUUACAUGUCAGCGGAGUUUGAAUCCAUGCUGAAUGAAACUUUGGCCAAAAUGGCCAAGAAGCUCGAAUCCGUCAGUCAACGAUGGAAGGAGAGCGAUAACAUACACCUCUCAGAUGUUAACCAACGUCGGCUGGCCGACUUUCAUUUGACGAGGUUGACACUGGGAAAGACUGAUGGUUAAACGACAAUGUGUGCAAUAUACCGUCCGCUGUUUGACAGGAUAUGGAGGGUGAAGGCGAUUGAUUGUAUGCAGAAGUGAUACUUAGUUUGAUUUAAUUGUUGGGAACGGAUAUUAGGUAACAACGCACACCUCGUAUCUAAAUGAGUUGAUAUUGAUGGAGCGGACCUUCUCGGCUACUCUGUUGCAAUAGGUGAGAGAUGAUCAUGUUCGAAGAUAAAGUGUACUAUUUAGACAAGGAACGACCGAAAUGAAAGCCAAUGUCAGCUGUUCACACCAUCAAAUUGAUUGCCAUCCACCUUUCCAAAAGAAUUCGAGCUAUUGUUCCGGCUGAUCUCUUAUUGUUGAAGCUACCCAAUCAAAUAAUGUGAACCUCAAAUCAUGCGAGAUCGACGAAUCGGUGUCCGUCUGCGGACCAGUGUUAACAUCUGGUCGCCUGUAAAAAUCUAUCAACACCGCCUGAAAUGGAAUGUUGCUUUAUGAUCGACUGUACCUAAGAAUUGUUUAAUCA